GCCUCUGCCGCAGCUCGCGGCUGCCGCUCCACCUGAGCCUCUCUGGGUUCAUUUCCUCCUUCUGCCCCGGGGAGACUUCAUCACCUCGCCAAAUGAUCGGGCCCUUGUGACGUUGAGCCGAGCUAGCAGGAGUCAGGGCUGGACAUCCUCAAGUCCCCCCUGAUCAUCUUCGUGAUGGGCGGCCCAGGUUGUGGCAAAGGGACACAGUGCAAGAACAUGGCAACCAAAUAUGGCUUCUGCCAUGUGGGGCUGGGCCAGCUGCUGCGGCAGGAGGCCCAACGCAGUACCCGGUGGGGCCAGAAGAUCCAUGACAUCAUGCUGCAGGGGCUCCUGGUGCCUACGGGCAUCAUCCUAGACACGAUCAGCAAUGCCAUGUUAUCUCGCCCGGAGAGCCGGGGCUUCCUCAUCAACGGCUUCCCGCGGGAGCUGAGGCAGGCCAAGGAGUUCGAGCGCAUUGUGGGCCGGGCCCCAGACGUCGUCAUCGUGUUCGACUGCUCCAUGGAAACAAUGGUCCGGAGAGCGCUGCACCGGGGCCGCCUAGAGCACCGGGCGGAUGACUGUGAGUCGGCCAUCCGCCAGCGCCUGGAGACGUACUACACGCUGUGUCAGCCGGUCUUGACCUUCUAUCAGCAGAAGAACCUGCUCUGUAAUAUCUUGGCGGAAGAAGCUCCAGCGAACAUUUUUGCCAAGUGCUGCUCGGUCGUUGAAAGCCUGCAGUGAUGGGAGGGGCUGGGGGCUCUGCCUUCUUCCUCAUCCCAGAACCCACACAGGGCUCAGAAGGGGUGCAGCGCC